CAGGUCUCUGUUGCCACCAUACGGAUAAAAAGUAGCACUGAGUUAGAAUUGCUGGUGUUGAAUUCCUGCAUUUCCAAUUUCUCUGAGGUCAAAUAACAUGGAGCGGAAACAGAGCAGGGAACUGCUGGAAGAGGCAGCCCAGGAGCAGUCAGUGGAUGUCCUUAAUAGUGGAUUUUUACUACCUAAAUCAUUAUUUGACAAAAUGUAUGAGCAUCAGGAAAAAGGACUGGCUUUCCUUUAUGAAGCAUACAAAAAAAAUAAAAAGGGAGUGAUUUUAGCUGAUGACCCCGGUUUGGGAAAAACUGUCCAGAUUGUUAUGUUUUUGGCCGGAUUGAAAAACAUGAAGCAGAUUAAAUCUGUCCUGCUUGUGAUGCCCGUCAGCCUGCUGGAGAACUGGAUUGAAGAGUUAACAAAAUGGACACCGGAUAUAAAUUUCUUUACCUUUCAUACCACAAACAAAGAUCGAGUAAGGAAUUUGAACGAAGUGAAGCAAACAGGAGGUGUGCUCCUAAUCACAUACAAAAUGUUACUUACUAACUUGCAGACAUUCUCCACCAAUAACGAAGAAGCAUUUGUUUGGGACUGUGUGAUUUUUGAUGAAGCUCAUGAGAUCAAAAACCGAUCUAGCAAGAGCUUUAAAGCAGCAGAUGUGAUCCCAGCAAAGAAUCGGUUUCUGCUCUCUAGUGCACCAGUACAGAACAACCUCCAAGAGCUGUGGUCUUUGUUUCACCUCGCCUGCCAGGGAAGUCUCCUUGGUACGUACCCAAGCUUUAAAAAGUUGUACGAGAAUCCAAUAAUGAGAGGAAGGGAGAAGCAUGCCAGUCCCUCAGAGAAAGCACUGGGUCUGAAGAUAUCAGAGAGCUUGACAGAAGUGAUAAAGCCCUACUACCUUAGGAGAACAAAAGAAGACCUGGGAAAACUAAAGUUGCUGCUGGAGGAGGUCAAAGAGCAACAGCCAGACAAAGAGAAUCAGGUUGCUACUGAUUCUGUCAAGAUGGCCCAGAUGUCCAAGAAGAAUGAUCUUGUGGUGUGGGUUUAUCUCAGCCCCUUACAAGAGAGACUGUAUAAAAAGUUCAUUUCUACAAGAUGUCUUGCUGACUUAAAGUUAACUGAUAGCGAUAGUCUGAUGAAAAUCCCUAAUCAUCCUAGAUUGCUUACUGUCAGAGAAUACAGUGAGUUGCUUGACUGGGAUGAGUUGGGUUUAGAUCUUUCACAUGAUGAAUUUAUCGAGGACUUUGAUGAGAAUAACAUGUUCCAGCUUCCAAGUGAGAAUCUUAUUCAAGAAUCAGGAAAGAUAGCAUUCCUUGUGCCUUUACUUGAAAGGCUCAGAGAGGAGGGUAAUCGAAUUCUUGUCUUCUCUCAGUCUGUAAACAUGCUGGAUAUUAUUUUUUGGAAGAAAGAGAAUUUAAGUUGCUGCGAGUAG